GAAAAACGUCAACAGAAAUGUCGUCCUCCCUGUCUGAGGAUGAAUUUCACCGAAUGCAGUUGCAAUUAAUUGAUUUGAGAACAACAAACUAUGAAUUGGAUGGCAAGUGCAAGAAGCUUGAAAGAGAAAACAUUGCUUCAAAUGAGAAAAUUGAAAAUAUAGACAGGCAACUACAGAAUGCAAACAAGGCAAUUCAGAAGAGCAAAAAGGCCAAGGAAGUAGAAGUACUAUUACAAGAAAAUGAUAACUUACAGAGAAAAUUACUGAGUCAGGAAGAUGACUUUAGACUACAGAAUCAAACAUUGAUGCAAGAACUCACUGCUUUGGUGGCAACAAAUGAAGUUCUAGAAAAGGAAUUAAAAGAAGUACAGAGUGCUAAAGAUACAGCUGUCAACACUCAACACAUAGACAACACAGAGCUGGAGGAUGAAAUCAGAAGAUUACAGGCACAAAAUACCGUCUUACAGAAAAAUCUAACAGCUUGCCAGGAUAAGUUUGAUAAAUUACAUGAUCAGCUACACAAAACAGAGUCCUCCACUACUGGUGCUAAAGAGAAUGAGGAAAGUGGUCAGCAGGAAGAAAUCGGUACUGAACCAUCAAUAAGAGCAUUAAAGGUUGAAGAUGAAGUGCAGGUUUCUUCAGAGGAACAUGGGCAUGAAAUUAAUGUGCUCAAAUUACAACUGGACACAGAGCUAGAAGAAAAGAGAAUGCUGCGAGAGAAGUUAUCUACAAUAGAGAAUGAAAACAAAGUAAAAGUGGAUCAUUUACAAGAAGAAUUAGAUAAGACAUCAGAAAAGUUAAAGAAGAAACAAGAAAGCUUCAUCCAUUUACAAGAAGAAAAGGAAAAACUAUUUAAAGAAACAAACCUAAAACUAGAAGAAUCCCAAUCAAGUAGAGACAGAGACAAAAUAUAUUAUACUGACCAAAUAAAUAAACUGCAGCAAGAAAUUCAAAGAAGUAAACAGUCAUUAGAAGAAAGUCAUGACUCAUCAGACCAGACUGUCAAACAUUUACAUAGUAAACUACAAACUCUUCAGCAACAGAUUGAUGCAUCUGACAUUGUAAAUAGUCAGAAAGUCAAAGAAUGUUCUACAAAAUAUGAUCAACAAUUAGAGGAACUACGGAACAAAAAUUCCAAACUGUUACUAGAGAAGGGUGAUCUCGUUACUCAGUUACAGGCCUGUAAAAAUGCUAACCAGGAAACUCUAGACCAGUUAUAUGCUUUACAACAAGAGAGAGAAGGACAUAUACAACAAUGGCAAGAAGUUAAUAAGGUUGCAGAAAAGAGAAAGUCUAUGUUAGAUGAGUUAGCUAAUAAAUACCAGAGAGACAGUGCCAGCCAUCAGGAAAUGUUACGUCUAAUGGAAGAAGAACAAGAAAUAGAAAUCAGAAAUCUACAAGACAAACUAAAUGCUGAACAUAAAAGAGUAAUUGAGUUAGAGAAGAUGAAGUCCCAGUUUGAGGAGAUAAAACAGCAGGUCAGCAGUUUAGAAGAAGCCAAAGGAUGGUUAGAAAGAAGGUUGAAAGAAACUGAGGAUCAGUUUAAUUUGUAUAAAGAACAGAGAGAGGCAGAGAUGACAGAAAUCCUCCAGAAACAUGAUAUAGAAAUAGCUACUUUAGAGGAAAAAUACCAGACAGAGAAAGAAGGUGCAGCAGAAGAUCAUUCUUCUAGAAUAAAGGAAUAUGUUGAAAAAGAAAAGACCCUUCAGACAGAACUAGAUGAUGAAAAACAGAAAGUAGAAAAGCUAAAACAGGAAUUAAAAGAUGGUGUGGAUGAGAAAAAAAUUCAUGAGAAGAAAGGUUUGAAAACAUUAAAAGAUCUGAAAAGGCAGUUACAUGCAGAGAGAAAAAGAGCAGAGAAAUUACAAGAUAAACUUCAGGAAGUGUUAACUGAUACAAAACAUAACAAAAGUGUAGAAGAGUUGCUGAGUUCUGUGGACAGAAAUGAUUCAUUGAUAGAAGAUAGAAGCUCAGUAUCUUCGUGGAAUACAGGAUAUAGUCAAGCCAACACUAGCGUUGUCAGUUCACCUCAGUCACCAGAAAAAUGUGAUCCCUUCCCAUCAACGUCCAAUGAUAUCCAUGAAGAAGAACACAAUGAAUUGUUAAAUAGAUUAGGAAAUUUACAGCAAGCCAAAUGGAACUUGGAAGAAAAGGUUUCACACUUAGAAACAAGUAACUCAGCUAUGGCCGAAGACUUAAUACAGAAAACCAAGAUCAUAGAACAUUAUGUCAGAGAUACUGGAACCAAAAAUGAUGCCAAAAUACAUCAGCCACAAGAUGACAAACUAACAUUGAAAAAAGUUUUAGACCUUGUUAAUAAAACAGAUGAACAAAAUCUUAAAGAUAUGAAUAAAAAAUUACAGAGAAUGUUAGAGGAAACCCUCACCAAAAAUAUGUGUUUAGAACAGAAUCUUGAAGCGAUGUCUUUGGAAGUUGUACGAUUGAGCAAACUACAAACUGUAGAUGCUCAUAAUGAAAAGCUUAAAGAAGAAACAGGUGCUCGUGCAGCAAAAAAAGUCAACACAGAGUCUAAUACAGGUGUCAGUCAUUCCUAUUCAGACAUAUCAGAGGAGAAAAAUAAACUCUCCGAAGCUACAAAUAAACAUGUAAUAAGUAAAGAAUCCUGACACCAACUUAGUCAGCAUACUAGACAUUGAGAUUAUUCACAAGUUAUGUCCAUAUCCUGUUGAUAUAAAAGGACAAAUCAUGCAAAGAAGAAGAGUUUUUUGAGAAAAGAGAGUAUUUGCAUUCACUUGUACAGUGAUUAUUGUUUCUGACUUGAAUUAUCAAUGCAAAGAUGUGAAUAUGUGUGAAAAAGUGUCAUUUUAUGGAAGACAAAUAUCACUUUAAGAAUUUUAGAUUUAAAGAAAAGCCAAAUUUUACGCUCAACAGAUAAAUUAUUUAUACUACAACACUUCAUUUUUUUCUUGUUUUUCUAUUUGAUCGCUUUACUUCAUAUUUCAUUUUAUUACAUUCCAGAGCUGUAUAACACUCAUCAUACUUUAUCAUGUUUUAUAUACUCAAUCUUUGAAAGCUUCUAUUUUCUUGAAAAUGUCACUGCUUUUAGAAAAGUAAAAGUCCCCUGCGUUUGAAAUAUCUAAAACUAUUACAAAUAUAGAUUUAAAGCUUAAAUUGUAUUUAUGAUCUUUAGGUUUUCUUAUAGAUGUAUUUUAGUUAUUCUGCUUGGAAAGCUUAGUAGAACAUUAUCCUUUUAAGUAUUUUCAGAUCAUGUUAUCUGGAAAUGGACUUUUAUUCCUAAUUAUAUGUACUUGUGCAAUAUAAUUUUUUCAUCGACCAUAAAAAAGCAUCAUAGUUUCUAUAUGGUAUCAAUUUGUUUUGUGUGUAGAUUGAUGACCUUGACCUAGUUUUUAUCAGUUAGAUGAUUUAAUUUCUGCAGGAAAGAGGUUAAGUUUGAACUGCUGCCAUCACUUGGUGUCAUCAUUUAAAAUAAAUUAUAUAAAAACCAAUCAUUUCUGAAAUCACUUGGUCAUCAUCUUUAAAGGGUUUGAUUUAAAAGUUAUGUCCAAUGAUACAUUUUAAUCCCUUUAAAUAGAGGAGGAAGAUAUCAAAGGGAUAUUCAAACUUAUAAGUUAAAAAAUGAACUGACAGUGCCGUUGCAAAAAAAAAAAAAGAUGACCAAAAGACCGCAAAUCACAACAUAAAAAACUAAAGAGCAACACUAAUCCCACCAGAAACCAUGGGUAAUCUUAGGUGCUCUGGAAGGGUAAGCAGAUCCUGCUCCACAUGUAGCAUCCAUCGUGUUGCUCAUGUAGGUACAAAUCCAGUGAUAAGUCUAAUUCGGUAGCUCACAUUCAAGGAAAAGAUGACGGAAUUGUUACAACUAUUGAAACAUAUCUGUCCUCAUCAAUAAUGGUAUCAAUAUCUAAUUGAUGAAACCAACCAUUAUCAAACAUUAUCACCACAAUAAUUAAAAAUAAACUGCA